AUCCUUCCUCAACAAGCCCAAAUUUUAUGUAUUUAUUAUUAAUUAAAAUUAAUUAAAAAAUAAUAUUAGAGGGCAAGAGUGAAGUUUCAACACACACUAACAUCACAGUCACAGCUCGAAGAAAGUUUCUUUUCGUUCUCCCGCCUCGACGCACAAAUGAGUGAUAUAAGAAAAUGGUUCAUGAAAACACACGAUAAGCCCAACAAUGCCGCCGCCGGUAACUCCUCCAACAAACCCAAGCCUCCUCCGGCUAAACCCGACCCGGCAAAAACGGUACCUGCUGAAGGUCAAGCAAGUUCAGGCAGAAAGAAAACUAGCAAAUAUUUUAAUACAGAUAAGUCAAAGGCGAAAGAUGAGGUAGAAACACAAGUGCUACCAGCUAAAAGAAAGACUAAUGAAGAUGAUGGAGAUGACUCUGUUCUUCCCACUAAUCAAAAGAAGGUAGCUGGUUCCACUCCUACUAAAAAAUUGAAGAGUGGAUCAGGUAGGGGAAUCCCCCAGAAAUCUGUAGAUUUGGACGAAAGUGAUGAAGAGGAUGUUAAAGAUGCUGUGACUCCUAUUAAAUCUGGUGGAAGGGGUCGUGGUGGAAGAGGAGCAUCAACACCAGCAUCUGGUGGAAGGGGCCGAGGGGGUGUAAGGGGAACUGCCCAGAAAUCUGUAGCUAUGGAAGAAAAUGACGAAGAUGACGAGAAAGAUGUUGCUUCUGCUGCCAAAUCUGGUGGAAGGGGUCGGGGUGGAAGAGGAGCCUCAGCACAACCAUCUGGUGGAAGGGGCCGAGGGGGUGGUGGUAGGGGUGGAUUCAUGAAUUUCGGUGAAAGAAAAGAUCCUCCACACAAGGGAGAAAAGGAAGUCCCUGAAGGUGCUCCUAACUGUUUAGCUGGUUUAACGUUUGUAAUCAGUGGAACACUGGACAGUUUGGAACGAGAAGAAGCGGAAGAUUUGAUCAAACGCCAUGGUGGCCGUGUCACCGGAUCAGUCAGCAAGAAAACAAACUAUUUGUUAUGUGACGAUGAUAUUGGGGGAAGAAAGUCUGAAAAAGCUAAAGAGCUAGGAACUUCAUUCCUCACAGAAGAUGGAUUGUUCGACAUGAUUCGGGCAUCUAAACCUGCAAAAGCUCCUAAGCAAGAGGAAUGCAAGAAAUCUGUGACUAAGGCUGUUCCAGUGCCAUCUCCAUCAAAAGUUCUCCCGAAAGCAGAAACAAAGGCCUCUUUGCCUUCAUACUCACCUUCCAACCAAGCCAAGCCUAAGAAAGCUGCUACUGCUCAGUCUAAUUUGAUGUGGACAGAGAAACAUCGACCUAAAAAUCCCAAAGAUAUCAUAGGGAAUCAGUCAUUGGUUGCACAGCUUCGAACUUGGUUGAAAGGUUGGCACGAGCAAUUUUCUAACACUGGUGGUAAUAAAAAAGGAAAAAAGCAGAAUGACCCUGCUUCUAAAAAGGCUGUCUUGUUAAGUGGAACCCCUGGUAUAGGCAAAACAACUUCAGCAAAGCUGGUGUGUCAGGAGCUUGGUUUCCAAGCCAUAGAGGUAAAUGCUAGUGAUAGCCGUGGAAAAGCUGACAGCAAAAUUGAAAAAGGAAUUAGUGGAAGCAAUGCAAAUUCUAUCAAGGAACUUGUGACCAACGAGGCCCUUGGUCGUAAUAUGGAUAGGUCAAAACAGUCCAAAACUGUGCUCAUUAUGGAUGAGGUUGAUGGGAUGUCAGCUGGUGAUAGGGGUGGUGUUGCUGAUCUUAUUGCUAGCAUCAAGAUAUCAAAAAUUCCUAUUAUCUGCAUUUGUAAUGACCGUUACAGUCAGAAACUGAAGAGCCUAAUGAACUACUGUUUGCUUCUUAGUUACCGGAAGCCUACAAAGCAACAGAUGGCAAAGAAGUUUAUGGAGGUUGCUAAGGCUGAAGGGCUUCAAGUUAAUGAGAUUGCUCUUGAGGAAUUAGCAGAAAGAGUUAAUGGGGAUAUGCGCAUGGCACUAAACCAGUUACAAUAUAUGGGCCUCUCCAUGUCAGUUAUCAACUACGAUGAUAUUAGGCAGCGGUUACUUACCAAUGCGAAAGAUGAAGACAUUUCACCAUUCACAGCUGUUGAUAAGCUUUUUGGUUUUAAUGCUGGAAAGAUGAAAAUGGAUGAGAGGAUUAAUCUUAGCAUGAGUGACCCUGAUCUUGUUCCUCUACUUAUCCAGGAAAAUUAUAUUAAUUAUAGACCAAGCUCGGCCGGUAAGGAUGACAAUGGUCUAAAGCGCAUGAAUCUGAUUGCCCGUGCUGCCGAGUCUAUUGCUACUGGAGAUAUAGUGAGCGUACAGAUUCGCAGAUAUCGACAGUGGCAGCUCUCUCAAACUAGUUCUGUUGCAUCAUGUAUACUUCCUGCUUCAUUGCUACAUGGGAGUAGGGAAAUACUUGAACAGGGAGAACGGAAUUUCAACCGAUUUGGUGGGUGGCUGGGGAAGAACUCGACAAUGGGCAAAAACAUGAGGCUUAUGGAUGACCUGCAUGUUCACAUUCUUGCAUCUCGCGAAUCUAGUUCGGGAAGGGAUACUAUUCGCCUGGAAUACCUUACUACUCUUCUUAAGAACUUGACAGAACCCCUCCGAGUUUUGCCUAAGGCUGAAGCUGUUGAGAAAGUUGUGGAAUUUAUGAACACGUAUUCAAUCAGUCAGGAAGAUUUUGACACUAUAGUAGAGUUAUCGAAAUUCAAGGGUCGUCCUAAUCCGCUAGAUGGCAUACAGCCUGCCGUUAAGUCAGCCUUGACAAAAGCAUACAAAGAGCUAAGCAAAACUCGGACUGUUAGAGCUGCGGAUCUAAUUACUCUUCCUGGAAUAAAAAAGGCACCCAAGAAGCGGAUUGCUGCUAUUUUAGAACCAGCUGAUGAAGGAGUGGAACAGGGUGAUGGUGGCAACACUUUGGAUGAGAGUGAAGAAGAGAACACCUCUGAUGUAGAUGAGUCAGAAGGUGCCGCAACUGGCGAGAAGCUGAAGUCAGAACUUCAAAGUUUGAAUUCAAAGGGCGUGCAAGUACAAUUGGAAUUGAAGGGAUCGGGAAGCUCCAAGAAGGUAUCUGGUGGUAGAGGUAAAGGUGCUUCUGCAUCUGCGCAGAAGGGUGCUCAAACGUCAAAGACUCCUGCAAAAAGAAAAAGGUGAAGUAAUAUUAAACGUGCCUAUUUCUGGGGUCAUUACUUGGACGAAUUGUAUGUGAACCCUACUAUUCAUGUAAUUGAUGUUAGGUCUUUCUAAAUUUUUGAAUUGUUUUUUAGAAAGUUUUUAGGAGGAUUUUGUGAACCUAUGUAUUGUGAUCGUUUUUCUUAAAUGCAAAUGAUGCCUUGUGAUAUAAAAUCACCUCAAACUAAAA